AUGCCGGCUCCGCGUACAUGCUCGACGGUACCACCGGCGAGAGGCUGCUCAAGCUUGUGGCGAGUGAUGGGUGAUGGGGCCCCAGCCGACUUGUUCGGUUGCUCGGUGGCCGUGAGCUCCGACGGGGCCCGCGUGGUGGUGGGGGCCACUGGUGACGAAACAAUUGGCUCCGCGUACGUGCUCGACGGUACCACCGGCGAGAGGCUGCUCAAGCUUGUGGCGAGUGAUGGGACCGAAUACCACAAGUUUGGUAAUUCGGUGGCCGUGAGCUCCGACGGGGCCCGCGUGGUGGUGGGGGCCUACUAUGACGACGAUCAGGGCGACAAAUCUGGCGCCGCGUACGUGUUCGACUUCAUCGUCACCACCGAGACCGAGACAACAGCCACGACGACCACCGAUACGGGCACGAGUUCCGCGACGUCAAGCGCUACUACCAUCAUCAAGACAACCACCGAGACAACAACUGAGACGACCACCGCGACGACAACUGAGACGACCACCGCGACGACCACCAAGACGGCCACGACGACCACCGAUACGGGCACGAGUUCGGACACGUCAAACAACACAGCCACCACCGAGCCAUGGGGAUUAAUUGUAGUCGUCGCUGGUGUCUUGAUCUUGUUCUUGGUCUGCGGCGUCGCGCUGGGCUGCCUGGUGACGCGCGGAUGUCCUGGCCGUGGCAGGAGCCCAACACCCGAGCGCGGCAUUGACAACGCGGAAGUUGAGGACAAUGAGUCGCAGCAGGUCGCGGAGAUCUAG